AUGCGUUCCUGGUUAAACGGGCGACAUUGGAGCUCUGCUGCACAUGACAUCGCCUCCUUGACCGUGGACCAGCUGCGAAAGGCCGCAGACGCCAUAUCUUCUGGCCAAAAAGUCGAUGACCCAGUUCUUCGGCGCCUUCAACAACACAUUCUAACUAUUGGUAUGCAUGUUCCUGGAUCUUUCUCCCAGAAACUGAGGAUGCGCUCUGAGAUUCGAGGCUUGAUUAUUCGGUAUGGAAUGCCUGCCUUCUGGAUUACCAUUAACCCCUCGGACUUACGGAAUCCCCUUGUCCUAAUCUGGCGGGCGUAG